AUGUCCACCUUCUGUUUCAUUUUCCACAUACCCGCCUCCCUAACGGGAGAAGUGCAGACCCUACUCGCCGCCCAGGCCACAAAACCCAACAUGACCGAAUUCCAAACCCGAGCAGCCCUAGUUCCCUACGAAGUAGAAGACAUGGCACUCGGCCCCACCAGCACCAACGGGCAAACCCCCACCGACUCAAUCUUCGUAGUCUACGUAGGAGCCAAGCAAGCCGACAUGACACUGGCAGACUUCUUCAACGCAGUACGGCCCUACCGCACAUCCUGGUCGUUUAUUGACGUGGCGGUGUGGUUGGUUCCUGAUGGUAGAGAUUGGUGGAAUCCGCGGUAUCAGCAUAUUGCGCAGAGUAGCUCGGCGACUUGGAUGUUGACGAACGAUGCCAAGAACAUUCUGUACACAGCGUGCACGUUGUCGGGUCAGGACGGUCAGAGCGCAGCGGUACAGCCCCGGGUGGACCUGGUGGUCUCAUGCGAUUCGCAGAUGGCGGAGGAAUUUCGGACGUUGUAUGUUGAGCUUGGUACGGCGACUGGAUUACAGCGUGCGUGGCGUAAGUGGUCAAAGGAGGUUGGGUUGACCUGUAGAGUGGUUAUGCUUGCAAAGAGAAGCGGAGGAGGAAGUGAGCAGGAGAAUGAGUUUGUACUAGUCGUUCGAUCCAAAUACUUGCAGCGAGGUCAUGAUGACAGGAUCGAAUACGGCGCACCUGCAUUCCCCAAGAUGGAAGGUGAGCAUCAAGAAUUGAAAGACUGGGUGAACCGGCAUACGGCCUUGGUGGAGGAAACCUAUUCACGCAGCGACAUGUCAUGA